AUGGAUCAGAUUUUAAGUAGUUUAUCCUUUCUGUUGCAGGUUGGUGGUGGUAUGGGAAGAACGCACAGACUGGAAACUACAUUCGCCCGUCUGGCAGAGCCAUUGGGAUAUGUACCAAAGGAGGAUAUAUUGUAUGCUGUGAAAGCUAUUGUUGUUACACAACGAGAAAAUGGGAGAAGGGAUGACCGCAAGUAUAGUAGAAUGAAAUACUUGAUCAGCUCAUGGGGGAUUGAGAAGUUUAGAACUGUUGCUGAACAGUAUUACGGAAAGAAGUUUGAGCCUUGCCGUGAAUUACCUGAGUGGGAAUUUAAGAGUUAUUUGGGAUGGCAUGAGCAAGGUGAUGGUGGUUUAUUUUGUGGGCUCCAUGUUGAUAAUGGUCGUAUUAAGGGUGUGAUGAAGAAGACAUUGAGGGAAACUAUUGAGAAGUAUAACUUGAAUGUGCGUAUCACACCAAACCAGAACAUUGUCUUGUGUGAUAUUCGUCGAGCAUGGAGGCGCCCCAUUACCACAGCUCUUGCACAAUGUGGUCUGCUGGAGUACGUGUUUUUCAGCUACUGUGGUAACACUGAAUGUCAACAUGACUACAUGGUUCAAUGUCCGAGUAAAGAAUUGAAAUCAAAUCAAAUAAAUGAAUAUUAGCUGAUGGCACAUGGCUGCAGGAGAGGAAAUGAAUCAAAUAAGUCAACUAAUGGAGA